AUAUACAGUUGCGAUUGAGAACGACAGAGGAAAAAACAAUACAUUGUACUUUAUUGGUUUCAUUAUAUAUAUAGUAUCAUUAUAUCAACCAUAUCAAAUUACAUUUUAACUGAAGUUAAAACGAGUGAAAUUGCGAAAUUGUAAAAAUAAUACGCUAGUAUUUAUAUUUUCAUAUUUAUUUUAUUCUUCGAUACAUUUAAUAACAUCGGAAUAUCAUAACAUAACAUGGCUGAGGCCAUUUCAGAAGAUAUAAAAGUGGAUAAAACAUUUGAUAAAGAUAGUCUCGUGGAGGUGGAAGAUAGAAAUGGGACAGAAGAAGAUGAUCUUAGAGACGAGGACAUUGCUGACGGCUUUAUUUCCGACAUUUUCACUGGUACAAAGGGUACGUACAAUCCUAGACAGCUGGAAAUCGAAUCGUGGGGAACUGACUUAGACGCACGUCUUGAUCAGGAGGAUCAACAUGAAGACAUAAAUCAGUUGCUACAGAACACGGCACCAGACGCUAGGUGGCGCAAAGGUCUUUUCUACAUCCUUAAAGAAUGCAAGUCGGAGGCGUCAACCCGUAAAUGUUUGACAUUUCUUCAUUCAAAUGUAACAAAUGGCAUUACGGCGACAGAGAAAGGUUUUGGCGAAACUGUUCAAAUAGGAAACAAUCCUGAUCCAAAAUGUCUUACCUGUCCAGACUGGAUGACGGUUAUGGAAGGUUUAAACUUUGAACUUACGUCACCAGAUUCCGUCCGUCAUAUAGAGCACGUUGACGUCACGGUUGGGAAGAAAACGGAAACGAAUGCUUUAACGGGAUUUUGUCAUCUGAUAAAAGCUAUGUUAGAUAUGACAUGGACAAACUUACAAUUGAUGUCUCGAAUUGAAAACUCAGAAGGACUAUUUUUGAAUAAUACACUGGCAGCUUUAUGUUCAGGCUACGGUAUACAGGAAUGCGACAGAUGCCAGAUUGAAGAUUUGGACUCCAAGUACCCUUAUUUGAUGAAGACGCUGGGUUUCAGACGCACGGACAAGAAAUCCAAGUUGCUCUGGCAGAGACCAGAUCCAGACAACCAAUUUCAGCGUCUGUGUCUCACAUUCCAUGGACUGUUUCGUGCAACAGACAAUAUGGAAUCUAUUUUGUAGCAUAACAUAUUGUACAUAGAAAAAAAAACUUACUUUUCAAAUACAAGCAUUUCGUACGAGUUAUAAUUGCAAACAAUGAAUUAAUGUUAAAGCAGAACACGCCGCUUUGAAAUGCGCCGAUUAGUUCUGUCUGUUGUUUAAAGCGAAAUUCAUCGUCCAAGAAUCGUCAAUCGCUGU